AUGAUGAUGCUUCUGCUGACGCUCAUGCAGGUGCUUCCACUUCAUUCCCUGCGGCAAAAGGACCUGACCAACUCUUCAGAGGUGCUCUCCUUUGGCUUGCCCCGAAAUUGCAGAAAGACUCAAGAUUACGAGCACUGCUGUGCAUGCGGAAGAGUGCAAGACCCAGAGGAUGUCAGUGCCAAAGACAGGAAGGCCUUGCUGAAACGCGAGUGGGGGCGUUCCGAUGAUGACCUUUGCUUCUGGUCCAAUCAUCCAGAGAGAUCGGUCUUGAACCGAGAAAACAUUUGCUGUCCACAGUGGGCCACAGAAUGUGAGGUGGACGAUGCGUACUACAAGUAUCGCCUGGAGCAGGAUUGUCUGCCAGACCUACAGGAUUGCCAGCUGAAAGAGUGCAAAGCGGUGACAGAAAGGUUGGCAUCUGCGAAAGAGUGGCUGAACAGGGCCCAGACGAAGCUUAAGGAGAGCAAGAAGAGUACUUGGAAGAUUCGCUACGUCACUGGCCAGAGCAACCAUGGAGAAAGGUGCAAGUGUGUUUGUGGCGAGUUGCAGAAUGAGACAAAGAUGGAGUGCAAGAGGAAUCGGAAGGGAUUCAGCACUUGCCCCAAUCUCCGGCCCUGCUGCACGAAGCUGGAGGACUGCGCCGCAGAGGAUCCGUGGCCCAGACAAGUGAAGGAGGAGUACCAGAAGAAGACGGCCGAAGCGAAGGCUUCGAUGAAAGAGCUGCAGGAUCAGGUCGAUCACCUCAGGUUCUUGCAGAAGGACUGUGUCAAGAGCUGUGGCCGCGCGCGGUCCUAUGUCUAUUUGUAUCAUUUGAAGAGUGUGAAGAAGAAGAAAACGUUUCGCAAGGAUAUUACAUGGCAAGAAGCCAUUGAGAUGGACCGCUUCGAGAACCAUCGUGCCAAGGGCAAAUCAGCGAAGUGGGAGGCGGAGAAGAAAUUUCUGGACGACGGGCGACAGUGGAUGAGGAGAUCGCAUCAGCUGGUGAAAAUGCCGCCAUCACAUGAGACGGGCCCAGACUUGCCUUUCGGAUUUGAUUGUUGCGCGUGUGGGCAGCCGCUGAUGUGGGGUGAGUUCGACGUGCCGGCAGGAGAUCCGCUUCCUAUGGCCACCCGCUUUUGCAAGGCCAGAAUCGAAUGCAGUGCCUUCCGUGGCGCCACGCGAGGCGGAGCCUGCACAUCGGUGCCUCUUGCUUUCUGCACGAAAUCGGUGCUCAAGUGUCCGGACCAGCUAGGUUUCUUCACAAGACCAGUCUGGUACUCCAAUGUGUGA